CAAGUAUCUAGCUGACCAUAUUCAGACACAGAGAGUAAGUUACAGCACGACAAGGACACAACGACCAAGAAGAUCUGUUGAUGAGAGCAGCAGAACAUGUGGAGAUGUUGUCGAUUUUCAACUAAAUACUUGGCUUAACUGAAGACUAGCAGCUUCAUUGUACUGGCUCUCAAUUUGUCCCUGCAAUGUAAGGUUACUGACCCCGAAGAAAGAAGACGAGGAUAAAAAGCUAGCAAAGCUUGAAACGACCGUUUCUAUCAACCGAAACCCCCGGCGCCCGCUUCUAACAGAGGAGAGAGACACAUUGGGAAGACUGGACUGCGUGCAACGAAGUCACUGCAAGUUUCUGCGAAGUUUCUCGGUUUGAGUGGUCGCCCUGUGAGCGGUCAGCUGCGCGCACGAGAGGGGCACGAGUGACGUCAACAGCACGCCUCUGAGUGGACAAACGGGGCGCGAGUGCUCUGUUUGAGUGCGCGCACCUGCUGCAGGUGAAAACACUGUCCUGCAAGCUUCAUAUAAUACACAACUUAAUAUUGAGUUAGAGUGUGUGGAUGUGAGCUGUUGUUUUGGUAUAUUACUCUCAGCAUGGGUGAUGCCUCCUGUCCCUGUUGGUGUAGUUGAGUCAGAAAACUCAUACAGUGUCCCUCCUGCAUGCACACGCAUGCAUACUGCACACACACUUAUGUAUGUUCCCUUUGCUGGCUUGAAGGCCCAGUCACCACCCCAGUUCCUUGUUAGCAGAGAAAAUAAAAGGGAAGUUGGACAAUCUGGGCUAUAAGUGCUCGUUCUGGAAGAAGAGAAGCACGCAGAUCACUGACUUGACCAAGCAGUAGAGGAGGGUAGAUCACGGAGAGGGGUGAGAGGGUGAAGCAUCAGGAGGCGAGCAGGCGGCAAACAAGCAACAGCCAGAGCAGGAAGAGAUGAGGAUGGGUGGAGGAGCUGCACAGAGCUGCUGGCUGCUGCUCACACUCUCUCUGAAAGGUAUUCUUGCUGGUGAUUGGUCAGUUCGUCUCCCGUCUAGUCCUAUCUGUGCCGUGACUGGUUCCUCAGUGGUUCUCCCUUGUUCCUAUGACUACCCCCAAAGUUCUAAUGAAAACAAGCAGGAGGGCCAGCUCUCUGCUCAGGGUGGAGGAGGACAACAGUACAAAGUUUUGUCUGAGAUGUGGUGUCUCGAUGACAGCCGCUGUAUCACACCAAGAUAUGUCUUCCACAGUGCCGGUAUCUUCUCAGAUCCAGCCUACCAGAACAGGGUGGAGUACCUGGGACAGCCAGGAACAAGAAACUGUUCUCUGAGGAUUUCUGAUUUGAGGCAGUCGGACAGCGGAGCGUACGUGUUUUACCUCGUCACCGGCCACCCUACACAGAAGAUGCCAGAGCAGAGCGGUAUACAGCUGCUGGUGGCAGACUCGUCCAGUCUUCCAGUCACGGUGUCAUCCAGUCCCUCCAGUGGCAUCACUGAGGGCGGGGCCUUACAGCUGGCCUGCUGCAGCCCUGCAGCUGGUCCACAGGCCAGUUUCAGAUGGUACAAGAGCACAAGCACCUGCCCAAGACACACCGGACAGGUGUGGCACAUCAGUGGGGUUACAUCAGAUGACUCUGGCAGCUACUACUGUCAGAUACAGACUGGAGACAGAGUGCAGAACUCUACGAUGCUGCCCAUUGAUGUAGAGUACUCUCCUCGAAACACAGCUGUCUCAGUGUCUCCCACUGGGGAGCUACCGGACGAGCUUCCUGUGACUCUGACCUGCAGCAGUGAUGCUAACCCACCUGUCCACACGUACGCUUGGUACCGGGGUGCAGCGUGUCUCCCCACAGCAGACAAAAGCUUUCAUCCAGCGAGACAAUCCCUGGCCACACCCACAGGAAGAGGCCCGACACUCAGCACUGCCAACAUCACCGCUGAGGAAUAUGGGCAGCACUGCUGUGUGGCGAGCAACAGACACGGAUCACAGACUAACAGCGUAACACUCGGCAGCUCUGCAACGACUCCGUCCGACUCUUCAGGAGGCAGAUUGGUGUUUAUAGGAGUGACCGUCGGUGUUCUGCUGGCUGUUGUAGCCGUAGUGGCUUUUGUCAUGGCAAGGAGACGGAAGUCAUCCAGCCAUCGGUCGUAUGUCCUCACUGAGACAACUGCAACAGCACCUUAAGGACUCAGCAGGACUUAAUUCUGCACCAAGUACAUAACAAAGUGCAAACACCCCACAACUGCCACAAAACACCUUUUUAUUAUAUUCAAGUAAUCCAAGAUAGGUAGAUUUUUUUUUCUCAAUACUAGCCUCAUCACUAAUGCUGGCUUAGGCUGCACUCUAUGGGCCCCACACGUGCAAGAGCCUGGAAUUGGCCAGAAUAUUUUUGAUUAUUUAAAUUUACUUCAGAGACAAAAAAAAAACUUAGCAGCUUCGGGUAGAUGUGGGCCGCAGGAACUGCACAGGAUGCAACCUAUAGCAGAUUUUGCCAAUUCACACAGACUGUGAAAACCUGAAAAUCAUACAAAAGUCAUCAAUAUACAUCCAAGCAAACAGGACACAGCACUGAAGGCCUUAAAUCCUGGAUUUCAAUACGCUGAGUUGAACAAGGAUGAACUUGGCCAACCUGGUCUACAAGAGACUAACUGCUUAAUUUCAAAAUCAACAGAACUGAAGCAAAGGAAAAACUGUUGGACUGUGUUGAUUCUGUUCACUCGUGGCUUUCUGAUCAUUUGUUCCAUUUGCUUCAGUGCAGCUGUGCGGUGAGAUGAGCUAAAUGUUGCUGUCAGGAAUUAAUCUUUGAUUUUGUGCUCUAGUCGGUUAAACUGUCGCAGGAACAGAAUUUGAAUACACCCUUGGCGGUUUAUCACGUAUGACGACCACAGAUGACAUUUAGCACUGAUACUCUCACUGCGCUGUAUAAGCAAAGCCCCAAAACAGAAGACACUGAAGCAGCUAUUACUGAAAGCAUGUUCGUGCAUGAGGAUGACGAUGGAAAAUGCAGUCAUAAUGAUCCAAUUAAAAGCAGUUAGCAGUUGGUCCUGGGUCACAUAGUGUGGUUUUGAGUAAACUCUUCAGUGUGAUAAGUCACUAACAGAUACUUACCAGAGCCUGAGGAGAAGUGGAGGCUGAAAACCAGGAGGACAGUGACUCUGACACCAGAACUUUCUUUCUUUUACAAAAUGUACUUGGAUCACAACUCUUCAUGUUGUUAGGCUAUUUUUAGCCUAACAAAAACUUAAUAUUUAUCAUAUUUAAGUGAGAAGAGCUGAGUAAAGUUGGGCACAAAUGUUGUUUCUUUGAAAUGUUAAUUAAGUAAACAGUGUAAACUCUUUCUUUUUCCAAACAGCUAAAAAUGUGGUUUCACAUCAUGUGGUUGCAUUUAUAUGGUGUUUAUAUGGUGUUUUAUGGGAAAGAGAGAUUAUUAGUGGUGCACACACAACUGCUGUAAGCUACAGGGUGAUGUAUUUAGCAUACUGAAGAGAGUGACAUCAUGUUUUACAAAAUGUUCGACAUCUUAGAUAUAUCAAACAGCUUUUUAAUUUCCAUUCUCCGACAUUUAACAAGACAGUGAGUUUACUGCACAGCAAAACAUGCUACUACCACAUUGUUUAAAAGCACAAAAAUAAUCAGAGUGCCAGUAGUUUUCAUCUGAAGGUCAAUAAAAAGAUUAUUGAACAGAUCACUGAUUACUACCAUACUGACCAAAGUUCUGCCAUCUGCCUGUCUAUCUGAGUCAGGCAGAUCAGUUUACAUUGAGAAACAAAGAACCUUCUGCAUUGACCAAUAAAUGUUAUGCCUUUGUAUGUCGCUUCUGUUGCAAUCAAAAACACUGAAUAUUAUUAAACCUUAACCGACCACAACCCCACCCUUCAAAAGCCAAGGAUUGAGGAUAAUCUCAAUAAUACUAAUAAGUACUUAAAAGCACACCAGAACAGAAUGUACAUGAGUAUUUUAAACUCAAGGGGGCAGCAUGUCCUAGUUUAACAUUGAUACAAUGUUACUACUAUUAUCACUGCUGCAAGUAGGCCAAGAGAGGCUGCGUUCAUAGGAUUUUUAAGGUUGUAGGUGUUUCAUUGAUGGAACAUGUUUCUUGAUAAUGUUACAACCUUUCUGUCUCCAGUGUUACAGAGAGACAUGAGAAGGAUUUCCGAUUCUAACAAGUCCAGCAAUUCUGUGAUUGAGCUCAGUUCAGAUGCAGGCAGAACACAAACCACACAGAUCCUUGUGCCAAGUGCCUCAUUGAGCGUAAGAAAAUGUCUUCAUGCUUCACUAGUUUUUGUAAACAGACAUUUCCUUCUGUGUAACCCUGUUUUUUUUACUCAUUUAGAUUGAGCUGAUGUUUUCAUAAUCAUGGCUCUUCUCCUGAAACACAAAGGGCAGCAUUAGACACUUUGUGAGACACUGUCAUGUUAAUUUAUUUUAACAGAGCGGGGUCCUCCUUACCUCCUUGUCCACAGCAGAUCUACGUCUCUGCCUCCUUAAACAAUGCAAUAACAAAGGUUUGCAAACUGAACUCUUCAGCAUUUCAUGAAAGUCAGAAUAAAAUGAACUGUGUCCAAUAUUGUGUAUAAAAUAACUUACCAAGCCCAGAUAAUAACCAGUAUAAGCAACAGCACAAUAACAACCUUGACUCCAAUACCAACACAGA